GAAGAUCCUCAAUCAGAUUUUCAUGUCGCAAGACAAUGGGAGGAUGCGCGUAAGACAACCUAUGGUCAUUCAAUUCAUUUCUACCAAAUUAAAGAUAGUGAAGUGGUUGGGGUUAAUAAUGGAUCAUUCAAUAUUAAAAUAAAAUUAAGGUAUGAGGUCGCUGUUUGCCCGAAUAAUAAUGAAGUGCAUAUUUAUCAAAAAAGUGGCAAGAGUUGGAAUUUAAUACACGCAUUAGCAGAACAUGAUAAAUUAGUUACAAGCAUUGAUUGGGCACCAGAAUCUAAUCAAUUGGUUACAUGUUCUCAGGAUCGUAAUGCAUAUGUUUGGAACUUUGACUCUGUUACCAAUAAAUGGAAGCCAACUUUAGUGUUAUUGCGAAUGAAUCGUGCUGCUACAUUCGUGCGUUGGUCACCCCAUGAAAAUAAAUUUGCUGUAGCGUCUGGCGCACGUUGCAUAGCUAUCUGUUAUUUUGAUGAUGAAAAUGAUUGGUGGAAUAGCAAACAACUUAAGAAACCAAUUAGAAGUACGGUAUUAAGCCUUGAUUGGCAUCCAAACAAUGUACUUUUGGCAGCUGGAUGUGCUGAUUUCAAGGCACGUGUUUUCUCCGCGUUUAUCAAGGGUGUCGAUCAAAAACCACCCCCAUCACCAUGGGGUGAUAAACUUCCGUUUAAUACUAUCUGCGGUGAAUUCUCAAACGAAAGUGGUGGUUGGAUUCAUAGCGUUUCUUUUUCACCAAGUGGUGAUGCGUUAGCUUUUUCAGGUCAUGAUUCACAAAUUUGUAUCGUCUACGCAGGCAGUGGAACUCAAAACAUUAGGAUAACUGGCUUACCAUAUUUAAGUUUGCUCUGGGCUACCGAAGAAAAAUUGAUUGCUGCCGGCUAUGAUUGUGUCCCUGUAUUAUUUGAGAAACAAGGUCAACAAUGGGAAUUUUCUAAAGUAAUAGAUGUGGGUAAGAAAAAGGUAGCUGCUGAAGCAACAGCUUUUAACAGAUUUCAGGAGUGGGAUUCUAAAGGAAUUCAAUCGCGAGAAGGACCACGUCAUGAUAUUUCACAUUUUUCGUCAAGUGGUAUAGACGGAAAAUUGGUAAUCUGGGCUCUUUAA